CACAAUUCGUUGUCUACGUCAGAACGCGACAAUAAGCACUUACCCAAAUGCGCUCAAGCAAGCAGACGUACGCUCGCGGUCAUCGAGCCAAAGGAAAGCAACAGGACAAUAGCAAGGAGUUUGAAAAGUAUUACAGCGGCAUCUAUGGCGACAGGUGGCCCUCUCUCCGCGAGGCCCUUAUAAGGCCCACAGUCCACUCAGCUGUCGCCAAUGGCUUCAUCCCCUCAGCCUCCGCUGCCGCCUGCACUACCGCCGGCCUCACACCCCUCCUCUCCGUUGGCCCCCUGCAUGCCUACCGCCGCACCCAGUCCUCCGGCCCCUACCCUUCGCCCCCUCUGGACCCCGCCUCGGCGCUCCGCGCCUGGUACUGGAUGGAUCUGGCUUCCGUACUUCCCGUACUGCUGCUACAGCCUCGUCGCGGGGAUGUCGUACUGGACAUGUGUGCGGCACCUGGCGGCAAGUCCUCCCUAGCGGCGCAGUGGCUGUUCGGGCCCAACCAGCAGCAGCAGCAACAGCAGCAGGGGCCAGCAGUAGCAGCGGUGGGAGCGGUGGUGGGAGCAGGAGCGGCAGCGUCAUCAGCAGGGGCAGGAGCGGAAGCAGGGCCAGCGAGGGAGGCGCUUGCAGCAGGGGCCGCAGUUGCGUCAGAGGAGGGAGCGGCGGAGCGGAUACCAGCAACGGCAGAGGCAGCAUCUACUUCCGCCUCCGCAGCGGCACCUUGUUGCUCCUCCUCCUCCGGGCAAGAGGAAGCAGCAGCGACGCCACCCCCUGCCUCCCCGCUCCCUCUGCCCCUCCCCCUCCCCCUCGCUCCCGGCAAGCUGGUGUGCAACGAGGCCGACCGGGUGCGGCUGCAGCGGCUGCACCGGGUGCUGGAGGAGUACCUGCCGGUAGCUGCGCGGGCGCAUGUGGAGGUUCUCAACUACCGCGGCCAGCUCUACUGGGCUCGCAACCAGGCGGCCCGCUACGAUGCGGUGCUGGUGGACGCGCCCUGCUCCUCCGACCGCCACGUGCUGCAGCAGGCGGUGGCGGGCGCGGGAGGGGGCGGCGCGGGAGGCAAGGGGCAGAUGGCGGCUGCGGACUGGUCGCUGGAGGGGUGCAAGCGCAUCGCGGACGAGCAGCUGCAGCUCUGCCUGGCUGCGCUGCGCUGCCUGCGCCCCGGCGGCCGGCUGGUCUACUCCACCUGCUCCAUCUCGCCGCUACAGAACGAC